CCCCCCACCCCCACCUGUUUUGAUGGAAGGAAAGUCCCGGAUGACAGGUAUCAACAUGGCGCCGUCUGUCUGAUGUUGUGUUUCGUGUUUUUCUCGCUUUUCCGAGGUGUAGAGACGGGGGAACGAUGUUUAAAAAGAAGAACAAGAAAGUCGUAAUAUCCGGACCUUCCAACUUCCAACACCGCGUCCAUACUGGGUUUGAUCACCAUGAACAAAAGUACGUUGGACUCCCGCCUCAGUGGCAGGGAAUUGUUUCCAACGCCUUGGAUAAGUGCCGUCCCAUUCCGCUCGUGGAUCCGCUGGAAAUCACUCCGGUGGAUAUGCUUGAUAUGAAGGUGCCACAGGAUGUUUCACGGGGCCAGGACUCUGCCAGCAAACUUACUCGUGGCUUUGCCACCCUCAACUUGGCAGAUCCUAACAGGAACCCACAGACGAACGUGAACGUUAACCGAGUCGGAAACAACAAUAACAACAAUGCAGGAGGGGCUGCCAACCUCCCCAAAACCUCGAGUGUAGCAAGAUCGAACUCCCUGCGGUCGUCUAGUCCCCCAAGGCUACGGCGUGGAGAGCACUGGGGGGGACACAACAUGCCCCCGACUCUUCACGAGGGAGAAAUACUGAACUGGCCCCAUGUUCAAUACACAAACCACCUGCAGCAUCCGGGCCACCCCCAGACACACCCCUCCCACCCCAGUCAUCCUGGUCACUACCAGGGCCAUCUAAGUCAUCAGCAGGGACCUCCGCCACAUCACCCGCCAUACCAUCCCCUCAGUCCCGCGCAGACGAAGAGUCCCCCCGGUUACGUGCCCCAGACCCGCCCCCCUCAGAAUAUGGGGGGUCCCGUGCAUCCCGGCCCGCACGGGCCUCCCGUGCCCGGAGCUCCUCACGGCCAUUCUGUGAAUGGCGACGACAGGUUCGACUACAGGGACGGAAGGAUGCAGCAUCCCGACAUUCGGCGGGAUGGGUGGGGUGCCGGGGGGAUGAGAACGCCUUCUGGGCCUUCCUCCGCUGGCUCGGCCGGGAGCAGCGGGCAGCACGGUCCCACGCCGCCACCCCCACACCAGAAUCUUCAUAACGGACAUCCUCCUCAUCCACAGAUUGCUUAUCAGCGCCACCUUCAGUCAGUUAGCCACAGGGAACGCUACUUCCAUGGUGGACGACCACCAGCUCAGCUUCCUCCCGAAGCUGGUGGCCCAGGGAACCAGCAUCCCAAUGGGCCACAGUACCCGCCAUCACAGCAUCCGCACCCGUCCUCGUACCAAGUGCCGAACCAGUCGGUCCAGCAUUCUCACCAAUCUCCUCCCCAGCAUCGCUCGCACGUCCGGGGCCCCCAGCCCUUGCCUCCCCCUCACCAGUCUCCCCACGGUGCUCCUCCGCCCCACCACCCUCCACCGCCGUCUCAUCACACAUCACAGAACCAGCUACAUCUAAUGCAUCAACAGCAGCAGCAGCAGCAUCAGCAACAGCCUCCUUCUUCCCAGCCCCAUCCGCCUCCUCCCCAAGUACACAUGCAAGAUCAGAUGCAGCAUCCACAGUCGCAGCAAUCGGUCCCUCACGGCAUGCAGAAGAUGCAGCCUCCGCCCCACCAGGUCCCACCUCACGGCCAGACGUAUUCCAAGCCCCCUGUUCCUACCCCAGAACAGAACUCGCCGAACAAUAAGGAGUCGAGUGCCCCACAGCAAGACCACAACGGCAACCGUUACGAAAACUCCAACAAAACUCUACCUCAAGUAGCCUUACGUGACAGGAAGGGUAGUGGUGACGCAGCUAACAACGGAGGAAGUUCGGGCUCGGGCAACAACACCACAAGCCUGCCGGGAAAGUCGCCCACAGGUUACUCCAAUUCAAGCCAGCACCAUUCCACCAAGCAGAAUGACCAACAGAGAUUAUCCCAUGAACAGUUUCGAGCAGCUCUUCAGAUGGUUGUCAGUCCAGGCGAUCCCAGGUUUAAUUUGGACAAUUUCAUCAAGAUCGGAGAAGGAUCCACUGGAAUUGUUUGCAUUGCCAGUGAGAGAGAAAGUGGAAGUCAGGUAGCAGUGAAGAAGAUGGACCUCCGCAAACAGCAGCGUCGAGAGCUCCUGUUUAACGAGGUCGUCAUCAUGCGAGACUAUCACCAUCCCAACAUUGUCGAAAUGUAUGACUCAUUUCUCGUCGAGGACGAGCUGUGGGUCGUCAUGGAGUUCUUGGAAGGCGGUGCCCUCACAGACAUAGUGACUCACGCGAGAAUGGAUGAGGAGCAGAUUGCCACUGUGUGUCGACAGUGCCUGAAAGCACUGGCUUACUUGCAUUCUCAAGGUGUAAUUCACAGAGAUAUAAAAAGUGACUCCAUUUUGUUAGCAAGUGACGGAAGGGUGAAGCUGUCUGACUUUGGGUUCUGUGCCCAGGUAUCUCAGGAACUGCCGAAACGCAAGUCCUUAGUGGGAACGCCUUACUGGAUGGCUCCGGAGGUCAUUUCGCGCCUGCCGUACGGACCUGAGGUAGACAUCUGGUCCCUGGGGAUCAUGAUAAUCGAGAUGGUGGACGGGGAGCCUCCCUUCUUCAACGAGCCUCCCUUGCAGGCCAUGAGACGGAUCCGAGACAUGCCCCCUCCCAAGUUGAAAAACUCUCAUAAGAUAUCGCCCCGACUUCAAGGAUUCCUGGAAAAAAUGUUGGUGAGGGACCCUGGACAGAGGGCGACGGCCUUCGAGCUCCUCCAGCAUCCGUUCUUACGACAGGCGGGGCCGCCGUCCCUGCUGGUACCUUUGAUGAGGUCUUUCAGGCACUCUCCAUGCUAAGAAACGAUUCCUCGGUGUCAAUAAUGUAGAUAUUUUAACUUUUAUACAAAAAAUAAGCAGCUAUUUUGCAGCAGAACUAUUUUUAGUCAGGUUUUGAUGCCUUCGUUGUUUGAUAGAACCUCGAUUAACUUGUGCUCGGUGAGGAUUCCGAACGACUGGUGUGUUGGAAAACCCUCGAAACGAAGGUUGGUGUGUUCGCAUUACCUGCAGGCCUUCCAUCGUAAAUUCUCACUCAAAGAAACGCCCUCGGUUCCCUGUGAUUCUUAUCGUUACUCUCUUGUACAUUUAUGCUUUGUAGCAAAUUUUAGAAAUUGCCUUUGGAUGCAUUCCAGUUCCAUGUUAAAAGUGUUCACAGAGUAGAUUCUCAGUGCUUUGUUUCAGGUCAAGUGUGAUUUGGUUUGUCUUGUUAAUUGGGUAUCCCAUUUGAAACCAUUUUGUCGUCAGUUUGAUGAAGGGAUGAUUAACAUAAAUUAUUUGACUUGCAUCAAGUUCUCUUCAGGGAAUUGAUUGCAAUUGCAGGGAAAUAGCUAACUGUCAAACAAGGCUUAGAAACUAGUAGUUAGAUAUUUAGUUUUUUGACUCGCAAGAGUGGACACUUCUUCGUUACGUGCUGUUAUGAUUUAUAUAUUUGUUUUUCUUUUGGUCUCUACAAUUCUUUUUGUAAUUUAUUGUCCGCAUGCUUCAUAUCGGAAGUAUUUUGUUUGCUCACUUGUCAUGCAUUCCAUGUUUUUUUUCCGUCUUUCUCACUCUCACACGGAGCUUAGUACGUCUUACAGAAAAUGUUUAUUAUAUUAGAUUUACUUACCAGACUCAUUUUUUUUUUUUCCCAUACUAGACAGGGCUUAUCAUCUGUCGUUCUUUCUAAAAUUGUACUGAAACCAGGCUUGGGCAUGUUUAAGUUCCACAAACCACCCAUUCUUCAAUGCGAGCAUUUAAAAGUAUUAUAAAACUGAGUAGGAUUUGUAAUGCAAGAUAUAUGAGCAGUAUUAAGUGAAUUAGGUUUGCAAAUAAGAAUGUGGGAGUUAUGUACUAGAUUCUCUAUAGGGUUUUGUCUGUCGAAUCAGCGUACAAGUUGUCUUCUCAUACCAAAGGUGUAUCCAUGACGCAAGGGCCACGAAGUACAAAUUUUUCUACAUUUGUAUGUUGGGUAUCUCUCUCACACCGUUAUCCAAACGGCAUAAGAAAUUCCAAUGAUUAAACUUUAAGAAUUACUACUGGGACAACAGUCACUUCAUUGAUUUUUUGCCUUUUCUAUCGACCCAGGGUGUAAAGGUGUAAUUUAAUCUUACCAGAAAAUAGUAGUAGUAGUAGUAGUAGACAACAAAAGGUAUCUUCUUAUUUUGCACAAAAAUUGAACAAUCAGUAACAAAUGUUGUAUGACAUGUCCCAAUUUUGUCUGGCUUGUUUUUGACUGACUUACAUUGUUAGUUUCUGUGAAAGAUUUGCUUUUAGGCUUCCUUGGGAAGGACAGCUAUCAUUGAAUGUUGCUCAGAUUGGAGAUUGUGAAAAGAAUGGGGAUAACUUUCUGGAUUACUAGCAUAGUUGAAGCAUUUGUGGUUGGUAUGUGGACUGUACAUUGGUUUCCUUCAAAGAAGUCAGUUUUUGUCAUAAUUUUCAGUAUGGACCUUGCCUGGUUUUUUUGUAUCUCUGAUCCAGUAAAUGGAUCAGAGUAGGUUUGAAACAUUGAACAUUCAAAUACAGAAUGACAGAUGGCAUGUACUGUAACCAGUGUCGUUGUCUUACUCUGAUGAGCAGUGUUGCUAACUUUAGAGUAUUUUUAUUUCCAUCGCAUGAGAGAAUUGAGGUUCUAUUAAAUAUUCAAAACUACUUUUAAGUUAAGACUUUUAAUAACUAUUUGUGCAUUGACAUAUCCACUGAAAAAUGUGUAUUUUGUGGAGUAUGAUUUUUUUGUACAGAUUCGUACCUCUUCUUUGAAGAAGGUACCUGUAAUUUAUUAUUGACAGCUAUUGAGCGUAGCUUAAUUCAUCUUAAGUAUGUUUAAAUGCCACACUAAGGAUAUCAUACGUCAUACGAUCAAGAAUGAUUGAUAUAUCUGUAAAGAAAUACAACACAUUUAUGUAGUUACUCUGUAUAUAUCAUGUAUAAAGGAAAGUAUAGUGUACCGAAAGAGCAAUAAAUAUUGUGUACGGGGUUUAGGGAGACAAAAAUGAAGGCUGACGAGAGAUUUUGUGAAUUGUGCCUCGAUAGAACUGUACACAAGCACAUAUACUUACACACACACACACACACACACACCUACAAACGCGCGCACCUGCAUUGGCUUUCUGCUAGCUUGUGCAAAAAGUCGUACAGAACACAAGAUCACACGCACGUAGGUUUGAAGGGCAAGCAGUGAAUUUUUUCGAUGGUGGCAUAGUGCCUUAUCAAUUCAGCAUCAUACGAUUGUCAUUCCUUUGUUGAGGGAUUGGUCAGUGAUCUUUUAGUAUUCCACAUUUCCCAAUGGAAUCCUUCUGUUGAAAAAGAGGAAAACAAAGACGGGUUUUCAAAUUGGAAAGUGCCUUGGUGAACUAAUAUUAGGACACCUCUGAAUGCUUAAGGAACUAUAGUGUAAAUUUUUCAGGUGGGAUUUGGAGUGGUAAUGAAAUAUACAUCUCGGCAAAGCAUUUUCUCGUUUGAUUGAAGACGAUGGGUAGGAGGUUAUGCCUGCUGGAAAUAAGAGAUUAAGAAAGAUUUUUAUAUGUUUACUAUAUCAUUCCUGACGAUGCAGUCUAAUCAUUUAUUGCUUUAUGUAUGUUAUUCCUUCACCUUUCUUAAAAGAGCUUAAUGUAUUCAAAAAGAAAUUUUAAGCUUUAAGUUUGAUAUACAUUGAUCUUAUGAAUAUAAUGCAGAGAUAUGUUUAUGUAAUGUAAAGUUGAGAGAGGAAACCAUUCGCAAGGUAAUUAUCUCCCUUUAUGAAGGCAAGUUUUGUAAACCAAGAACUUUUAUAACUCUGUAGGUAAUCUACACAAUGAGACUGGGUCUCUGUGAUUUAUAGUCUUAAUAUUUUAUGCCUAAGUCUUGCACUCGUAGUUACGUAAACGUCAGUGCUUGUGGUGCGACUCGUAAGUCAGACUGCGAAGCCGGUUUUGCCAAAUGCCAUAUUUCUGUAAAGACGGUGAAUAUUAUUUUGCGAUCAGAAUCUCAUUUUGGACGUAACCUGUCGUGGUCAGAAUUUUUUCAUAACUGUUAGCUUUUGGAACGAAACCAUCGACAUACUUCUCAGAACCUCGAGAGUUUGAAGUAUCAAAUAUUACUAUGUGAUAGUAUCGUGUCAUGUGAUGUAUGUUGUUUGUUUGGUAUAGUCAAGGUAGCCAUUUGCAGCUGAGCACUCAAAGGCCUUUUGCAAUGACUGAUGAUCAAGUGUUACAGUAUUGUGUGUAAAAACAGUACUUUAUCGUAUUCAGACUUGAAAGGAUUGGUCAUUCAUUCUUAUAUAUCAGAAACGAGAUCGUAUUCAGUAGACCUGUGUACAAACUUAUUCUGUAGGCCUUUGUUGAUUGGAAAAUGUUUGUACAGAAUCCUUGCAUUAUUUUGUUGGUGAGCAUGAGGUUAUUGACGACAUCACAGAGAAAGCAAGGAAUUGUAUUGUCUGUCUGUUGUAAAUGGAGAGGAAAACUCGCCUCGGAAUAAGCAAGGUAGCUGAUUAGAAGUAUCGUGAACAAAGACAAUAGAAGCUGGUAAAGUUAACUUUGAGUGAUAGUGGUUAUAUCAAGUAAAAUAUGAGUGGGAAAUAGUCCCUGUGGUGUUACUAGCGUUUUUAUUUUUUUUGUAAGUUGUCUAAAUGCUACAACUGAAGUACUUAAAAUAUUGUUGGAGAUUUUCAAUAGCAGUCCAUGGAAAGUGUUUAAUCUUUUCUCUCAAGCAUUUUGUUAUUUGGAGGUCGUGUGAUGCAUUUACUGAUGCUUUUUUGGGAGGAAUGUCCAUAACUCUUUCUGGAACUGUGAUCUGAAUUGUUAUAGUAAAGUUAUAAUUCCAUAACAUUUUCUACAUGAUGGACAAACUAUAAAAUUUCAUGUGAUUACAAAGUAUUGAUUUUUGUACUGCACAGAGGUUUGUGGCUUUAUGUAAUUAAUUCACUCUCAUAGACUGGUAUCCUUGAGUGAGUUUGUUGGACUGUAAGGUGUACGUACUCAUUUUCUAUUCCAGAGAAGGAAACGCUUCAGAUGUUUACAAAUGUUAUAUUCCAUUGAAAAAUGAGGCAGCUAGUAGACUAGCAGUCAGUGGAUAGUCUAAGAAGGGUAUCAUUAUAUUUUUUGAGAGGUUUUGUGUCACAAACUACACAGGGCAGAAAGGAGUCUCCCUAUGCAAGAAAUUUUACUUUUAAGUCGAUUCCUUAUGAAAUUAAUCUUAGCCCUUUCGUAAAGCAUACAGUAUAAGCCAUAUAUUUUUUUUUUAGUCUGUAUUUAUAGGGAAUUAUUUUUCUUGAUAUUUCCAAGAGCUAGGCAUCAACAUGAAUUCCAUUUUAUACGGUUUGUAUAUUCAUACAUGAUAACUUGUUAUUGUAUUUUAGUACAGUAUUUGCAUUUUAUUCAUUUGGGACUGUAUAAUAUGUAUUCAGAUAUAAAGGCUGAUAGAAGUAUUUUCCUCUUGUUACUCGAGACCUUUGUAGUUUUUGUAUAGUUAUAUAAUUACGCAGUAUAAUUAUCUUGUAUCACAAUUACGGUCAUCAGAUUUUUUUGAGUCGCAAAGAUUUUUAAGGUCACAUAUUUUAUUUGUGAUUAAGUUUAUUCGUUCACUUAAUUUUGUUUGUAUUCCAAUGGUUAAACCUUUUGUCUUAGCAAAUUAUAAAAUCUAAGAGGUUAUCCACAUAUUACAGAGGCAUUUUGGAAAAUCAAAAUCAAAUUAUUGUAAUGAAUGAUUACGUACAUGUUUCGUAAUAUCCAACAGAAUUUGAACAUCAAUGAAUUUUAUGUAAAAUGGAUAAAGAUUUUGUCAAUUAAAAAUGUGUUAGUAGAAUAUGAAGAGGUUUUGACCUUCAUAAAUAACUUGAGUAUUAAAAUCUAGACCUAUUUUAUGUGGCGUUCUUUGUGAUUUAUCUCUGGUUGAAGGAAAGAGUCUGUAAGAAUGUGCUCCAUAACAUUGCCACAAUAUUGCCUAUAUAAAAUCUUACUGGAAUAGGAUAUCAUAGCUAAUUUUAAGAUUCCAUGUGUCUGUAUGUAUACUUAUAAUGAUAAAAACAUAUGUAUAGAUCAUAAAUUAAAAAGUACCUGUGAAGUAUUGUGUAGUUUGUAAGUGUGUAUCAGUGUUGCAUAAUGUCCAACGAUUUUGCCUCCGUCCUCGAGAGAGAACUGUGCUAAUCUGCCUUAAUGUAAAACGUUGAAUUAAACCCGUCCACAAUGAUGCCUUUAGUCACUGUGAGUGUCCCCUUCCGUUAGCCUAUCCAGGAUAGAUUUUUAGGCCGUGUGUCUUCCUCAUUGCAUUUCGUUCGUAUCGGUAGAGAACAUUGAUAGAUAUACUCAUACAACUGUGAAUACUGUAUUGGUUUUGAGCUAGCAUAUAUUACACGAGUUUUAAUUUUUGUAGCUUCUAAGUGGUACAGAAUAUGUAGCCAUGUAAAUACACAGAAUUGACUAUUUUAGAUAUAGAAAUAAAACAGUUCAUAAUUGA